AUGAACGGGAGACAGAGAUCUGGCGCAGCGGCGGUUCACCACCAGAGACAGCUCUCCGACAACCUCCUCGACAUGUCCAAUGGCAGAUGGCUCCAAUCCACUGGCCUCCCUCACUUUCAGCCUUCCCCCAAUGAUUAUGGAUACUAUGCUGGUGGUGGAGGAGCAAGAGGAUACCAGAAUGCUCAGAGAGGGAACGAGUUCUUUGGAGAACCAACAACUCCUCAAUACGGUUCUCGUCCAACGAGUCAAAGAAGGAACAAUGAUGAAUCUGAGUUUAGUCCUGGUCUCUUAGAUCUGCAUUCUUUUGAUACUGAGCUUCUUCCUGAGGUUUAUCGUGAGACAGUGGAGCCUGUUGUGCCAUUAAUUUUCCAGCGCAUCAAAGCCACUUGCUUUGCAUAUGGGCAGACAGGUACUGGUAAAACCUAUACCAUGAAGCCUUUGCCUCUUAAGGCUUCAAGGGAUAUCCUAAGGUUGAUGCACCACACAUACAGAAACCAAGGGUUUCAGUUGUUCGUCAGCUUCUUUGAAAUCUACGGAGGAAAGCUUUAUGAUCUCCUCAGUGAGAGGAAGAAGCUGUGCAUGAGAGAGGAUGGUAAGCAGCAAGUGUGCAUCGUUGGUUUGCAAGAGUACAGAGUAUCUGACACAGAUGCGAUUGUGGAGCUUAUCGAGAGAGGAAGUGCAACAAGAAGUACUGGAACCACUGGUGCAAAUGAAGAAUCAUCUCGCUCACAUGCUAUCCUUCAGCUCGCUAUUAAAAAAUCAGCUGAGGGGAAUCAGUCAAAGCCCCCUCGCCUCGUUGGCAAGCUUUCUUUCAUCGAUCUUGCUGGAAGUGAACGUGGUGCAGACACAACUGAUAAUGACAAGCAGACAAGAUUGGAAGGAGCAGAGAUCAAUAAGAGCUUACUUGCUUUAAAAGAGUGUAUUAGAGCUUUGGAUAAUGAUCAAGGUCAUAUUCCUUUUAGAGGAAGUAAGUUGACUGAAGUUCUGAGGGACUCUUUCAUGGGGAACUCUCGUACUGUAAUGAUAUCUUGCAUAUCUCCAAGCUCUGGAUCGUGUGAGCACACUCUUAACACCUUAAGAUACGCUGACAGGGUUAAGAGUCUCUCGAAGGGAAACGGCUCUAAGAAAGAUGUGUCUUCUUCAACGUUGAACCUAAGGGAGUCCACUAAAGUUCCUUUAUCUACCGCACUACCUACUCCAUCCAACUAUGAUGAUGACGUGAAUGAGACGUGGGGUGAAGAAAACGAUGACUUUGAUGCAUCGGAUUACGAGCAAGAGAAACAAAUGUGGAAGAAAAACGUGAAGCCAGAGGUAUCCUAUGCACAGGAGAGAAUCCAGAAGCCUACUAUUCCGGUGAAGUCAAGAGACAUGCCAACAAGGCCAGAUAUGAAGAAGUCAAACUCCGAUGACAAUCUAAAUGCACUUCUGCAGGAAGAAGAAGACCUUGUGAAUGCACACCGUAAACAAGUUGAGGACACCAUGAACAUAGUAAAGGAGGAGAUGAAUCUGCUGGUGGAAGCAGACCAACCAGGAAACCAGCUAGAUGGUUACAUUUCAAGACUGAACACAAUUCUAUCUCAGAAGGCUGCAGGUAUACUCCAACUACAGAACCGUCUUGCUCAUUUCCAGAAGCGCCUUAGGGAGCACAAUGUAUUGGCAGCUACCACCAAUGGGUACUGACCCCCUCCUCUUCGAGUAAAUACUGGUCCUCCUUUUAUCGACCUCGUCUCAGGUUUUGCACUUGGUGACCUCUUCUGGCUUUGACUUGAGUUCAUUCAGAAGUUUAUCUAUAUUUACAGCUUGCUGCCGCACUUGAAUUUGUUCAGGUUCUUGUUAUAGAUGAUUUGUUGCAGAAGAUGAAAUACCUAUGUAAUAAUUUUUGCUAUUGUGAUAUUGAUGAGCUUGCCUUCUAUUAU